AUGUUCGUCCCUGAGCACAUCACAGCGACUGGUGAUGAAAUGCAAGGGCAUUCUGGCGGUGGGCCUAAUCGUCGUGGAAAUCGUCAGUCACUCGUUGAACAGAUGGAAGUUCCUGAUCGAAUUACAGUCACUGGCGGUGAUAGUUAUGGACGGAUAACAGAAGAUUAUCGAAAUGGAAUGGACAAACUUCCGACGGAAACUGGUCACUACUUGAAUGAUGUUCCUGAAGUUCUGACAGUUGCGGAUACUCAAUAUCCGGUUGAGGAUUCACGUCGCCAGAUUGACACCGCUCGUACAGAUAACUCAAUGGUUGUUGAUGAAGAUCCAUUGCGGGAACUGAAAAUGCUACGUCGGCAAAUGGGAAAAAUCAGUGCCCGAGUUUUCGAGCUGGAAGAAACAAACGAGAGACGAAGAAUGCGAGAGCAAGGAUUAUUUGUGGCUCUUCUCGGAGUUGCUCUCACUGCAAUCUGGUCUCUUUUCAAGCGAUAA